GUUUCUGGGUUGAACACAGUUCACACACCUGUGGCAUGUUCUUAGCAAGCAAGAUGUCUUUUUUCUUGCAAAGUAUUUUAGUUUGUUCUUUGUUAACUGUCACUUCAGUGAAAAGUAGUUCAUCAUUUUUGGCCAUGUCUAAUCAGCUAAUGUGGAUGGGCAUAAUGCUGUGGGGAAAUCCGUCAAUGUGAUGUCAAAGGCUGAGGACUGCCGAGAGGCGGAUCUGAAGGCCAGGACAGCUAACUCCUUCACAGCCCGUGUGAGCAAAAUGAAACAUGGAUGAGGAGGUCGCCGAAAGUUGGGAGGAAGCUGCUGAUAGUGGGGCAAUGGAAAAACGGUUAGAAGAGAAGCUAAGGAUCAGCCAGAAAGAAAAAGAGUCCAGUAAUAAUUCUCCUCGAUCUCCAUUGAAAACAACCAUGGUGAUACAGGACGACUCUCUACCAGCUGCACCCCCACCUCAGAUACGUAUUUUGAAGCGGCCUGCAAGUAACGGUUCAUUGGGAUCACCUUUGAAUCAGAACAGGCCAACGCCACAGGUCAAAUCUCUGGCCCAGCGUGAGGCAGAGUAUGCUGAGGCCAGGAAGAGAAUACUGGGCAGCGCCUGCCCAGAGGAGAUGCCUCAGGACAAGCCCAACACUGACAGGCCUGGGCGCAAUAAUUCUGCACUGCCUUCAGAGGACACCCGAUCAAAUAAUCAUACUGUCGGUCAGCCAGAUGGCACCCAGGGGUUCCGACAGCACAGAUAAGUGGGCCCAGGGGCCACCCAGGCAUUGAGGGGAGAGAUCAAGGGCCACCUGAGAGCAAAGACUGCAGUGUAUUCUUAAAACCUCCUUCCUUAAGUUCCCUUGUGUCGGAUGGGCUGUAAGUGUAACUGCACUUAUGCCUCCCAAUAGCAGUUGUGUGGAACUUAAAGGGAGUGAAGGUACUCCAGGAGGAAUUCAAAUGGAAAUGUGCUCUCUUCUCUCCUCACUCCAGUCUGUUGACACUGUGAUUAUGGACAUCUUCUGGACUCACUGUGAUGAUCCCUUUAAGAAAAGCCCCUCACCUCCAUCUCUCUCCUCCCUCAGUUCCCAGCUGCUCCAUCUCAGGAUGCCUGCAAGGCAGAAGCAAAGACUUAAAAGAUGGCAGAGAGAGGAGGAGAGUGAUGGGCCAUAGCUAAAUGAGAUGAGCUGAUCCCUGGGCAGCAGCUUCUCCUCAGCAAUAAUACCAGACAUCACUUCACAUCAUAACUUUACAUAUGUUUUUAAUUUUUCUGAUGUUGAUGAAAACAUUUUUACCUUUUUGUUUUUCUUGCUUGUCUUUAAUUACCUAUACUAGGGAUGCUCUGAUAUCUACUGACUGCAGAUAAAAGUACUUCAUUAUACAAACGCCACCCAUAAUACAGUCAUCAACACAGUAUUUAGUAGUAAGAUUUUUUUUUUUUUAAAUAAAGUGUCUACAUUUUUUAUGAAAUAGUAAACAUUUCCACCUUUAAAUACUAUUUUUUGGUUUCUUCUUGCAGUUUACACACAGACUACUUGAGCUGCAAUUUAUGGUGUCAGAUUUUCCACAUUAAACUUGGCACUAAUGCUGAGUACUUAACUGGUACCUGCCCAGUAACUGAGCUGUUAGUGUUAUCACUGCAACCCUAAUAUGUAAAUUGCCAUUUGUUUUUAAAACGGAGGGUAAGGGUCAUGUUUGUCAAGUUGUAUAUCUGACAUGUUUUGUUUAUGCUAUGUUUUUUCAAUUUAAGCUUUUCAGCCGUCUUCCUUGGAUUGUCCCAUCAUUAUUUCUAUUUAAAGGUAAAGCCAAAAAAAAAAUUAAGAAAAGACAAAUGAAAAGGAGAUAGUGGAUUUAAGUCCAUUUUUACAUAGCUUGUCUGUCUUUUUGUAUGAGAUGGCAGCAAUGUCAGAACAGUAUUUUAAUAGAAAUGAACCAAAAUCCCAUUUUAAAAUCAACCUGUGCAUAUAUCAGUUAAUUCGGAUGUCAUUAUGUGAAGGUGAUGUUGGCAGCAACUCAAGGGAAGGGUCAGAUGGAGGAAUGAAUUGACUGCUGUGCUACACAAGCCUCCCUAUCAUAUCUCCACUUUGUCGUCCUUGUUUCUUCACGUCCUUUGCUGGCGUACAGUACAUAGGAACUCAGGUUCAAGUGAACAAGACUGAAUGAAUGAAAUGAGAUUGUAUCUUUCCAGCAGGUUUGAUUGCUCUAAUAGCAAAUGUCCUUAUUAAAGCUUGUGUUGGAAUACAGAAAACAGUGCUGUAGAGGGGAUGGUGAAAUGUAACUGAAACAAAGACGUAAUGAUUGAAUACCAGUUUUUUUAAUCUGACUUUUCUGUGUAACGUAAGAAACGGGAACAUCCCCUCAUGUGUGAUUGUUCGGUAAUCGAUGGUCCGCUGCUGAAAUGGAUGAUAGAGACAGCUGUGUGAACCUGAGAGGUAGUGACUACUAGAUUGACCAGGACCCUUAUGCACCCUAAUUCUGAGUUUUCUACCUUCCUUUGUUCAAACAGAAGAGAUCUUGAUAAAGCCAUAUUCAUCAACACAUCAUCAACAGAAAAGUUCUUAUAAUGGUUGAAUUCAGCCUGUGCCUCCUGGAUCACGUUUUUACUUCCUGAUUGUUGAUUUCAUUACUGCAGUUCAACAAACUGAAUAUAUUUGAGGGAGAGUUGAUGAUACUGGUUAAGAUGUUUUAGUUCAGGAAAUUUAACAACAGAGCAGGACGGGUUUAUUGGAGCUCUGGGUGAGAACACAAACUGCCUGUAAAUACUGAUUUAAUAAAAUGGUAAAAUGAUUUGCAAAAAAA